UUGAACUGGACAGUGAGAAGGUUCAGGACACCUGAAGCACAAUGGAGGAAUCAACAGGCAGGACAACCAAGAAAAAAGUUAUCGUAGUGGGCGGUGGUUUGGUUGGGGCACUGAACGCCUGCUUCUUUGCCAAAAGAGGCUUCAAUGUGGAAGUGUUUGAAUCCCGCGAAGAUAUCCGGCAGGCCAAAGUUGUGAAGGGAAGAAGCAUCAACCUGGCUUUGUCUCACAGGGGCCGGCAAGCACUGAAGCAGGUCGGGAUGGAGGACAAGAUUGUCUCCCAGGGGAUACCCAUGAAUUCAAGAAUGAUCCAUUCCUUAAAUGGGAAACAGUCCCCGAUCCCUUAUGGAAAGAAAGGGCAGUUCAUCCUGUCAGUGGACCGAGCCAAUCUGAACAAAGAGCUGCUAACAAAGGCAGAGACAUAUCCAAACACAAAGUUGAACUUUGACCACAAGCUGCUGGAUUGGAGAGCUGAAACAGGGCUGAUGACCUUUGCCAGGUCAGAUGGCUCCAAAGAGCAGAUCAACGCCGACCUGAUUGUGGGCUGUGACGGAGCUUUCUCUGCCAUCCGCAAGCAAUUCCUCCGCCGCAGCCGCUUCGACUUCAGCCAGACCUACAUCCCCCACGGCUACAUGGAGCUCACCAUGCCACCCGUUGACGGAGAGUUUGCCAUGAAGCCUAAUUAUCUGCACAUCUGGCCACGAAACACAUUCAUGAUGAUCGCCCUGCCCAACCUGGACAAGACAUUCACCUGUACCCUCUUCAUGCCCUUUGAGGAGUUCGAGAAGAUCACCACAGGCGAUGAAGUCAUCGACUUUUUCCAGAAAUACUUCCCCGAUGCCAUACCACUGAUAGGAGUCGAUGCUCUCAAGACGGAUUACUUCCGGUUGCCUGGGCAGGCCAUGGUGUCCAUCAAGUGCUCCCCGUAUCACAUUGAAGACAAAUGUGUCCUCAUGGGCGACGCAGCCCACGCGGUGGUGCCUUUCUACGGACAGGGGAUGAACGCUGGCUUCGAGGACUGCAUUGUCUUUGGAGAAAUAUUGGAUCAGUUCAAUAAUGAUUUCAGUGCUGUGCUGCCAGAGUACAGCAGAGUGCGAGUUCCUGACGACCACGCCAUCGCAGACCUGGCCAUGUACAACUAUGUUGAGAUGCGAGCCCACGUCAACUCCAAAUGGUUCAUUUUCCGAAAACACGUGGAUAACUUCCUCCACUUCCUCAUGCCAAAGACGAUAGUUCCACUUUACACAAUGGUCACUUUCACCAGGACAAGGUACCACGAGGCCGUGCACCGCUGGCAUUGGCAAGACAAAGUGAUAAACCGCGGCCUGCUGUUGGGUGCGACAGCAGCUGUUUCGGGAGCCUCCUACCUGCUCAUUAAAAACCCUCCGGAUAUCAGCAAGCUCAUGAGCCCCGCUGAGAAGAUGUGGGACAGGCUUGUGGCCCUCUGCAGCCCCCGAGCUCGGAUCUGACAGACAAGUCUCACUAGAACUUGGAAGAGCCACAUUUUAAUUAGGGUUGGAUUGAAUCCUCUAAUGAACACAGUCAGAGCGUUUUAUGAAGCGCAAAUGAAUGUAGCGACAUGAGGACUUAAUUGAUGGACGCGUUGAUUGGAUUGAUUAACAUUUUAUCACUGUGUGACUGAUUAGAGUCCAACUGAUUGGAAUAUUUAAUUGCCAUCCAAAUCGUUGGCACAUUUUUUCUUUUGAGAACCAAAAUGGCAGUAUUAUGCAGUAUUAAGCCCACUGGCAAGGCCCAGGGGAUGCAAUUCCAGUGGUCAGUUAGAAGUUAGCUUAUUAUUAAAAUACAAACAGUCAGACUCCCUCAUGUGACACAAUUGUGUACUGAAGAGUUAAAUGUUGAAUAAAUCUAUGUUUCUCAAUUCAGUCUUUGGGAUUCCCAACUUAAACCUUAAGCCUUGAAACCACAGUGACACAUCCUCACCAAAACGGCUGACUAACUUUGGGGAUCUGAUAAUCUGGAGAGAAAUUUGGAAAGUCUGGAAGAGUUGCAUGAUUAAACGAUUUUUGCCUCAUUCCGGGUAGCACAGAGCCACCCCAGAAGUUAGGAGUUAGGUGUGGAACCCUGUGGUACAUGCUUUGCCCAUAGAGCAACAUUCUGUAAAAGUAAUAGUGCGACUGUACAUAUGUAUUGAACAA